AUGGCACUCCCAGACAUCUCCCUUCUAUCUCUGUCUGAUGACCCAGGCGGCCCUUCCAACACUCAACAACGAUAUGCCGACAAGUAUUUGCAGUACUUGCGAUCGCUGCCUUACACAGUGGAGCCAGAGUCUAAAAUCCUCGAAUUGCUCGACUUCAUCGUUCUCCGUCUGACACAGGCCGUCUCAGCACGAGACUAUGAGGUCGGAUUCCUUCAAUGGGACACGAUGCUAACACAUUGGAGCAUGCUUAAAUAUGAGCUGCCCAAGGAAACGCGUGUCAGACUGGCCAAAAUUUAUUGGCAUCUCUCUGUCUUGCCUGGAGCUCCUACUCCAGUCAUGGCAGCAGCAGCCGACGGAUUCAAAGCGCUCACAUCAUCGACCAAGAAAAUAUCCAUUAAGGACAUGCGACUGCCCUGGCGCCCCAUUUUCGACAUUCUCUCCAAAGAAAUGUUCUUAACGCGCCGACAGUUUGAAUACACACAAAUUCCUUGGGUCAUGGGCUACAUCGCUGCCAACUCUCGUCGAUUCUUCCAUCCUGCGGCCAUUAAUGAGAUGCUUUCCGUAUUCGUACCACUCAUUAACGGUACCGACCUAGAUUAUAUGCUAGCGGCGCAAUUCUACAUGCUCAACUUCCUGCCGAUUUCCCACCCACAGAGCUAUCUCCCUAUGCUGUUUCGCCUAUGGGAGAGCGUGAACUCGCAUCAAUUCGAUGAGCGGAUGCUCGACUUUCUGGCGAACGUAACCGAACUACAUGUAGCCGCCGAUGUCAGCGAUCCUCGCCACCUUGCCGAAAUACCAGAUGACGCGAAAUCAGAAGGCGAAUCCCGACCUCAGUGGAAUGAAGAUGAUAUACGUCCUGGGCCUGGCCAAUGGACCGGAAUCUAUCAGGACGUUGGAAUAUUCACCGAGCAGGAUUGGAGUCUGAUAAUGUUCAAGUGUCUCAGCUCGAUGGAAAUCGGUCUCGCUGAUGGAGGCUCUCUUUCAACUGGUUCUUCAGCCGAUCGUUUCGUGGCAGCGGAAAUUGGCCGGCUGCCGAAGCCCGAAUGGAGAAUCGAAUCUUUGGCUCGCAUUAUUGUCUACUCAAUGGCGCCAGAUGGUGUCCCAACACCUCCGUCAAAUGCACCAACCCCAAUGUUCACGCCCCUUCCCUCUGGGAUGAACACUCCUCAGAUUCCGACAAGUAACUCGAUACAGGACUAUCUUUCGGCUCCCCUCGCACGAAGAAACGGAGGAAUCACCACCUCAAAGUAUCACACAUAUCUCGCUGGUUCAAAGUCGCUCGACUCCUUGUCGCGCGUUAUUGCAUCUCUGGAAAACUUCUUCCAUCCUUCCAAUUCGGGGAAUUUUACUACAAGUCUGGCGGCUUUCAUCAAAUACGUUGCCUAUGACUUCAAUAAACGUUGGAUGGAAGAACAACAACCUGACUGUAAAACACCCAGGAACCGACGUCUCACCAGACAAAUGCGCCGUGAACUUGUCAAGACCCUACGUACUGUUGCUCUCCUCGCCAUCUUCAACGAGGAUUCCACAGUCGUCAGCAAUAUCCAGUCAUGUCUCAAGUCUAUGAGCGUAAUGGAACCAGACUUGAUUGUUCAUCCGAUAUUAGAGAGAGCAGUGCCAGCUCUGGAGACGCUGGUCGAAACUCAGAGAACGAUAGCUGUUAUAAAGGCUCUUGGAGCCAUAGCGCCUGCCAUUGUUUCGCGCAAGGUGUACUAUCCUGGCGCAAAACAUCUGGUGCCUAUACUGCAAAUGCUUGAAAAUGGCAUUGACAUCAAUGACCCAACCAAAACUUUGCAUACGACACAAUUUUUGGUCGAAAUUUCGCAGUGCAUCAUGUUUUCAGACUCCACUCCAGAACACCAAGACUCAGAGUCAAUGUCAAGGACAACAGUUCGCCCUUCGCUCAUUCCUGCUUUCUCUCUCGACGAAGAUGAUGAUACGGAAUUUCCUCGACUAUCAGACGCAGAAGAGGAUGCUUCGCUACAAGACACAACAGGCAGCUUCGCCGACUGGGUAUCAAGUUUCAUUCGUCGCGUGUACCUGCUCCAGGAAAGUCUUCCUGAUGAAGGUGGAGGUUCUUCAGAAGUUGACACUGUGGAUGCUGUCGGUCGUGCCUGUUCAGCCAUCGUAGCUCAUCUUUCCGAGCCGCUGUACGAUUUGGUUUUGAAUAUGGUCUACGAUUAUGUCAGCACUCAUGUUCGAGCCAAUGCUGUUCGGGGCAUCCAUCUUCUUGUCGAGUCACUGGCGAACGCCUCGCCUGCCAAGUGCAUGGCCAAGUUCUUUCCUUUGUGCGAGAAACAAAUCAGGCUAGAACUCGAAAACGGAGCAAGCUCUCUCCGGACCACAGCUGCGUCGUCGCCUCUUCCCAGUGACGCAACCCUUCAUUGGCACUUGGCUAUCCUAAGGGGCUGCGUCUACAACGACGGAAACGCGAUCCUUCCCUAUCAGGACCGUCUCAUUGAUUUGCUAUGUUUACUUCACGAGCAUUGUCGAUCGAACAGAGGCUUUACAUGGAGUGCGAAACUGCUCAGUGGUUCCCUCCUUACGCUCACGCACACGUACCCUCUCGAGAAUAAGUUCGUGAAUCAAGACGAAUGGGACUCGCCAGAAUUCCGCAAAAACCACCAUCUGUAUUGGGGCAAAGUUUAUAAAGUGGAGGAUGUCAAGAUAUCCUGGCACGUGCCAAACGCAAAGGAAAUUGAUUGCGCACUUCGGAUGUUCAAGAGAGUAGUCGAGCCAACGCUGGAUACUCUCGAACAACUCCUAAAUCCUGAUACUGUGCGCAAUGCUAUUUGGUCCAAUGACUUUUGCAGGCACAUUUCGUUUGUCACGAAUGCGUUCUCCGGCAUACCCACCCUUUUCCAAGACGUAUUCGACGAGAAGGCAUUGCGUAAAGCUAUGGAAACCAGCGACAUACUCUGUGAAAUCAACGAAAUGAUCGGAGUAAUUGAACCUAUAGAAUCUGGAUUCGUACUCACCGAUCCCACCGAUCCUCGCUAUGCAUAUAUUUCCUCCUUGCGUCGUCGUUUCGGAGAGUUUUUGCAUAAUGCUUCCCGUUCGCUCACUCAACAGGGAGAGGAGAACACAGUUGAUGCCGUUGAAAUGCUGCUUGAUGGCAUUCGGUCCUUUAUGCUGGACUAUGGCGAUGGCCGGGACGGAUAUCAUACCAACGAGAAGAAAUAUGCAGCAGAGAAAAACAUUGCAAGACACUUCGCAAAGCAAAAGGAAUGGCCGAGAUCAGUCUGGAUAAGACGGGCAAGGUUUUACCAUUCAGCAAGGUUGCAUUGGAACUCCGCGGAGCGUUUGCGUGGUCCACUUGAAGACCUCUUAAUCGAUGACCUGGUUGAAUGGUCACUUUGGAACUACGCAACCAUCCGAUCCUACGGACAGUCAAUCCUCGAGUCUAUAUGCUCUCUGUAUGAUGGAGUUCGACAGCGCACGCUUCCCACACUUUACAAGGCCUUGGAUCCUGGCACUGAUGACGAUAGAAUGAAAGGCGCACUAUGGACGCUGAAUUUGGUCUCAUUUGGCAAGUAUGCUGCCUCGGAGCUCCUCCUUGCACCAGAAUUAGUCCAGAAACUCUUCUCUUGUCAACAUAACGAGAAACCUUCCAUUCAGGAUGCCGUCUCUACCGUGGCGGAAAAUUGUCUCAACAACCUACCGGAGCCUUGCUUCCUUGCUUACGAUAUACCGACUCCCGAACUCGAUGCGGUCCUCCCAGUGUUUCAACCAGAACAGCUAUCGAUCAUUCGCAGCUGCACAGAAAAACGAAAAGAACGGGUGGCGCUCAUGAAUCGACGGUCUUACGAACUUACUGAAGCCAUCUUAGCGAUUGGCAACAAGUCCUCGACUCAUUGGAAAUAUGAAAUUGCUGCGGUGCGAUGCCUGAGAACCAUCAUUCGCCGAGAUGUAGCUCAAACUCCUGAGCAAAUUCGUUAUUUCAUCAGCAAGACGAACGAUAGCAAUCCCAAUAUGCGCUAUUAUUCGCAACGAUCGGCCAUGAAAAGUCUGAGGAAUCUCAAGAUCAAGACAUUUGCUCGUAGUCCUAAAGACCUUGCACUCGGACGCAACCAUAAUCCGCUUUGUUUACGCCUUCCUGUAACACCGACCCAUCAAUUCACCCAUCAGAUAUUGCACACCUUGACAAUUCCACCAGACCUCUCUGACGUGAAUUUGCGAUUCUUAGACAAAGACCCUCUGCCUGGUUGGCUGACCUGGCCAACAACCAUUGCACUAUACAAGCCGCCACAUCCAGAAAAAUCAACAUUCUUGCCUUGGGAUAACGAGGGGGCCGGGACUGUUGCAGUCGUGCGCGAGAUCGCAAUGACUGCGUCAUUUUGGGAACAGCUGUCCACAUUUUACUCCGAAGAAAACAGCGAAACAAAUAUCAGUCUUGAUAAUGGUAUGUCGCAUGAAAUCGUAUUCCCUGUGCAACGACAGAUUAAUGGUCCCCAAGUUUCCUACAUCAAAUCGAUCUUCCAACUGCUGGAAGACGAGCCAUUUGAGGUGCUUGAACCAACUCUUGUCUCACUUCUUUCAGAGAAAGAGCCCGACAAGCAGCGAGCGUUGGCUGAAUUCCUGGCUGGUCUCAUCGGAGGAUCAAAACACUGGCCUCUGUCGAAGCAAAGGAAGCUUUGGGACUGGUUUAAACCCGUAAUGGCGAAGAUCUUUAACGAAAACUUGAAAACGGACACCAUCACCAUUUGGGAGUCGUUCCUUGCGUACCUGUUCCACAAUAAAGACCCACGGCGACUACAACCACUUGUGGACCAUAUAAUGCAGCUUUGGCUGACCAUGGACUUCCAACCUGAACUAACUUUUGAUGCGACCAAGAUCUUAUCUAUCUUUAAAGCAUUCUUCCAGGAACUAAAUUGGAAGUUCACAUCAUGGAUGGAUCCAGUUGUUGAGCGAUGUUGGAAGCAGCUGGAAGUUCGCAACCAUAUCGCCGAUGUCCUACUUUUCGCAAGUAUCAUCAAGGCACGCCCAGCUCCUUCUGAGCCAACCACCGAAACGUUUGUGAGAGAGUGCCGCGUUUUGCCUGCUGACCACGACAUCAUGGGCAUGCGAGGACAAUACCACCGAGACAAAAUCUUGGCACUUGUGCAAAAGUUUAGUGGCUGGAGAGAAGAGCGGAUUCCUGGUGUCCGCGCCUUCCAAUCUACAUACGACCGAAUGGGCAUUACCAUUUGCACGUUCUUGUUCGAACACCUCCUGGAGCCCUCUGCGAUUGCUGUCUUUGACUAUAUCGUUCCAUUAAUGCCCGAACUUUUCCGGUUCACAGAGGUCAACGACAACGAGGACCUGGCCACACGAGGCAAUGAUGUCCUAGUGCAAAUGUGUGGGGUUAACCCUCCCCGCCAACUCAUCAACCCGAUUAUCGAUGGCAUAUUCGACACGAUACAAAACUCCCCCUCGUGGAGAGUGCGGCUCAAAGCGCUACCCCUGGUUCAAGUAUUCUAUUUCCGCCAAAUGCCGAGAAUUAGCGAGGGCAAGGUCUUAUCGAGGUGUCUGGACGACGAAGUAGUUGAUGUUCGUGAAAUGGCAGCAACAACACUCUCUGGUGUUCUGCGACUGUCGCCUCGUCGUCAUAUUCUCACACUCCGAGAUCGUUUCGUUCAACUGAUACGAAAGAGUCAUCUGCCACCACGAAGUGACCCAUCGUAUGCCCGUAGCAUUCGACAACGACAUGCUGCCAUCCUAGGGGUUUGCGCACUGGUGGAGAGCUCACCCUAUACUGUAGAAAAAUGGACCCCAGGUCUGCUUACGGACAUCCUGGCAGAGCACACAUACGAUCCAGCCCCGAUUUCAACCACCGUCCGUAAGACGGCUCGGAAUUUCAGUCGAACACAUCGCGAUACCUGGCACGAGGACUCAGCAAGGUUCAACGAAGAUCAGUUGGCGGCCUUGAGCACUCUUCUGACUGGAUCGUCUUAUUACGCUUAA